UACUUCCGUCCUUCCCCAAGAUGGCGGAGGCGGUGACGGUGGUGACCGAAGACGAGGAGGAGGUGGUGGAGCCGCGACUGCCGCAGCUGCUGGAGACCGGCCGCCAGCUCCUAGGGGAGAUCGAGGACACCUGCGAGUCAACGAACUCCAGGUUCAUCCAAAAGAAGGUGAAACAGGGCUUGGAGAGCCUAGAGAAAGCUUCCCGCAUGAUGGCGCAGCUUGACCUGUUCAGCCCCAACGAGGAGCUGGAGGAGAUCGCCUCCACUGACCUGAAGUACCUGAUGGUGCCCGCCCUCCAGGGAGCCCUCACCUUGAAGCAGGUCAGCUUAAGCCACCGGCUGGAGCAGGUGCAGACCGCCCGGGCCCACUUCGUGUACUUUUUAAAGCAGUGUCAGAACUACCAGAUCACGAAGCUGGAGCUUCCCCCAAGCUCGGACAACCCCCCUGUGAAAAAGUUGCUAGAUGGGCCCGCUGGAAGCCAGCAAAGCCUCGUUGCCAUGGCAUCCCACAGACAAGCCAAAAUAGAGAGAUACAAGCAGAAGAAGGAGCUGGAGAAUAAGUUGGCAUCUCUGGAAUCUGCUGUGGAAAAUGGCCGAGCAGAUGAGGAACAAGUCCGAGAGUAUUACCUGCUUCACUUACAGAAGUGGGUCAACAUCAGUCUGGAGGAGAUUGAGAGCAUCGACCAAGAAAUAGUGAUCCUGAAAGCCCGAGACUCGAGAAAGCAGGCAUCAACUUCGAGGAUACCUCCACAGAGCAGACUUCCAACCAAACCUUUCAUUCUCACUCGAGACACUGCCCAGGCCAAGGUAUUUGGCUCUGGCUAUCCCAGCCUGGCAACCAUGACAGUGAAUGACUGGUAUGAGCAGCGCCAGAAAUGGAACCCACUCAAGAAUACCACAGUAAACCUCAAUCGGGAGGCAGAACAAGAUGAGGAUCGGGAAACAAAGUCAGAAGAGGAUGACAAGGACGCCCUACACAAAAAGCGUAACUGGGACGACUGGAAGGACACACAUCCACGGGGUUACGGCAACCGGCAGAACAUGGGUUAACCUCGCCCUGAAGAAGUAGGACCAGAGCUCAGAGCUUCGCCUCCAGAGGAAAGUUGUACAGGUUCCCACUCCCCCGCCCUCCUCCCUGUCCUGUGUACACUGACACCAGAGACAGUUCAUCCUGCUAUGCAUUUAAUAAAGUGUCAAAAGACUAAGCUUGCCCUUGUAGCCUAGCUGAUGAGCUGAGAGCUGUUGAGCAGAGAUUCCCAAGUAAGUGGAAAGGAAAAGGCAAUGAAAACUGGCUCUGUAUUAUUGCUAGCUGUAUUGAUGGAUUUCUAACUAGCUCAGCCUAGGAAAGGUCUUGGUUCCACAGAAGAGCUGAGGAAUUGGCUCAGUGAAUUCCCUAGACUCGUAGCCACUGGUGCUUUCCUGCAGCCCUAGGUGACAGCCCUCUUCUGCCCUCCAACUACUUUGGGCACCAUGACAUUUACAAAAGGACAGAAACAAGGGCCAAGAUUUUCGCUGCCUCUCAGCAUCAUUUUCAGGAAUCAACAGCAGGGCCAUAACUGAACUCUGGUGGGCACCCUAGGCCAGCCAUCACAGACUGUUCUUCAGGCAUCACUUGAAGCAGUUUUCAAAUAACAACUGUGCCUUAGGGGUCUCAUCAGCACUUGCUUCGGUCCCAUGUGGAUGCUAUCAGGGACACAAGAUCCUGGGACUCCUAGUGCCUCUGAUUCCCACCUCUUUCCUUCACCUUAAGUCCAUUGAGGCCAAAACUUCUUCCCUUGUAGCUCCUCGAAGAGCUUUCUUUGCUAAUUCAUAGCUGACAUCUUGCAGAGAUUGUCCUCUUCUUGGAGGCCACAAGCAUAGAGUUUUGCAGAAGUGUUUGCCACGUCUUGGAGAGAAGGGCAGGGCUGGCUCAAGCCCUCGUCGCUGGCAUUUUAAUCACUUGUGAUGCACAGCACUUGUACUCCUCCAGGAUCUGUCAUCUCAUCAGUGUGGCCACUCCUUCCAAUGUGUCUUCCCUAAGAUCGUGAAGGGGGAGUCUGUACUGUAGUCGCAGGUUCUUCCUUGGGUUCUUUAGACAUCGAGAGGAUACUGUAGAAGCUGCUUGCUAGUUGUCUCUUGCUCUCAGUAUGUGACAGAGCUGUCUUUUGGAAUCAUACAUUUCUUGAUGCUCCCCUGCUCCGUAAUUCCUUGCUUGGAAUGUGUUGGACCCUGCUCAGAUUCAGCAGGAGCUUCUCCGUUGUCCCCGGGAUGAUCCUCAACAUGGCUUCUGUGGAGACUAUCAUGUUCCACUUCUCAGCAGCACAUCCCCAGAAGAGUGUUGGUACUAAAUAGGUAGGACUUGCUUUGUUUUGAGGAGAAGCUUGGUAUCAUUUGAAGAACUUUGCAGUUGUACAAAGGCAAUUCAGCUUGUUCUCUUCCUCCUAUUCAGUUCUGGGCCUAAAUUCAUCGUCCAUUUGCAGUGUCCAUCCCAGAUAUCUUCUGAUGGAUGAGUUCUAUGUACUCUCCAUCCCGUUACAUCUCAUCUUCUGGACAACAAGCAGUCUUCAUCCAUUUGGUUUUUUCUGCUAUGCAGUGUUAGGCCUAACUCUUUUAAGGAACUUCUGGAUCUCAUUUAGGAGGCUCUACUCUGCAGUGUUCUGAGCCUCGAAGCAGGCAGCACCUAGAGGACAUCACCAUCUCUAGAGAAUCCCUCUGCCAUCUGGACCCUGCAUUGGAUCUUCUCUGGAACAGUAGCAGAUAGAUAACCUAGCUUAGGCCUCGCUUGAGAGAUUCUUAAGUAGUGGGUCUUGGAACAAGGUUCUGUUUCCUGGUUCAGGGGACACUGUAGCCAUUGACACAUGCAGAGGAGCCAAGUUGGAGGAGAGCUUUUAAGGUGGUGUUUGGUUCUGUCAAAUCAGAUGCUUGUUUUAGUUGAUAAACAUUAAGCGCAGUGGAAUCUCUUACGCUCUUAGUUGUGUGAUAGCGAAGAUAUCAUGUGGAAUUUCAAUUGUGAAAGCCUGCUUGCUGAUUUCUAAUAACUUUAUUAAGUAUGCACUCCAUAUGUGUGUAGAUUAUCCUUAGAAACUUUUCUACAGGUGGAGAAAGUAGUUAGAGGUAUUCUCUAGGUCUCCUGCUCCUUUCUUUUUUUAGUUAUAAAGGCUUUAGUCAUCUUCCCUUUCAGAUCCCUUGAGAAUCGAUCUCUCAAUGCCUUCCAAAUGAUGUGGCCUCCCACUGAUUUUCUUACCCUUAUUCUCUCCAGUUGCCAUUUCUACUUCCUCAUGGGCUCUUAAGGUCUACAUGUGAUAGCUAUGCUGCCUCAAUGGUGGAAAAGGUUGAUUAAUCAAGAUUAUUGAAGAUAUUUUCCAUCUUCUAUCUCUUUAUCCUCCUCUUUCCCAUUUUGCCCUCCAGUGCCCUGUUACUUGGGUCUCUCACCAACAUUUCCUCAGCCUUCCAUUGCUUCCCACAGUUUUAGGAGAUAAUGCUGUCCACAACCUCCCACCAUCUGCUUCCAUAAGAUUUUUACAAACUUGUUUAUAUUCUAAGUGGGUAGUGUGUUCUCGUCUGCACUCAGCAAAUAGAUCAAGUGUUUGUUGACUAAGGUUUUCAGGAUCUUUGAGACUCGUAAUUAUGGCAAUUGAUUUACAUUGGUUAAACUGUAUGAAACUUAUAAUAAUCGUCAAUGUCCUGUCUUCCAUUGAUUUCUCAUUUUUAGAAUCAAUUUGUUUAAGUCUGAUGAUUGGAGUUGUUUUAAUUGCAUGCCAUGUCUUUUCCUCAUUUUUAUUCUGCUGGUUUUGUAUUAAUUUUAACUUGCUCUAACAGUGGUCUUGACUGUAUGCGGACAGCCGAUUUAGGAAUGACUCACGUCAAGAAUGAGUCAUUAUUUAUCUGUUAAAAUAGCAAUUAAAUGUUUUAUUCUGUUGUUUGGUGCAUAUUAUGAUUCUAGAUGAGCCAGUUCGUGGUGAAACACCUGGCCGUGGUAAACUAUGAAAUCAUGGAAAGAAAAAUCAAAAAUGGUCUCAUUCCUACAGAGGGUCUGGUUCAGGCCAAAUGUUUGUUGUUAUUAAACUUUUCAUGGGAAGGAUGAGUACCAUGGUUUAGUGAUUGAUAGCGUGUGUAUGUUUGUUGGAAGAAAAGAUUUAUUAACACCAGUUCCAGGAUGUUUAAGAUACCUGGGCCCAGCUCUUGAGCUGACACCAGAAGACUGAAUGUACUGAAAAAUAUCUGUAUAAGAAAUAAAUGCUCUCCUAAGCA